GUGAACGCAAAAAAAAGCUUGCCGAUAUUUCAUCCAUCUCCCUCGUAAAUUUUGGACAUAGGCUGAUUGACAACAAAAGGCACUAUUUUGAGGAUCAUUGUUGUUUUAAAUGUUUCCUUGUAAAUAAGUGUUGUGAAACGAGCGCCUGUAUUCGUGAUUUACAUAGUGGAUGAAAAAAUAUGAAGCGGCGAAAUGCCGAAACUGGGAAGUUGCGGCGCCCCUUGAAGCGCACAAAAAUCACCGAAGGAAUGUACGGAAAUUCAAUGCUGUACCUGAAGUUUGUGAUGAUUUGGGCAACAGUUGUAAUGGCUGACUAUAUGCUGGAGUUCAGAUUUGAAUUCCUCUGGCCCUUCUGGAUGAUGCUGAGAUCAGUCUAUGAUUCAUUCAAAUAUCAAGGACUGGCAUUCUCUGUAUUCUUCAUCUGCAUAGCACUCACAUCAGACAUGAUAUGUUUCUUCUUCAUACCCUUACAGUAUAUAUUCUUUGCUGCCAGCACCUAUGUGUGGGUACAAUAUGUCUGGUACACAUUCGCAGACAAAGGUAUCUGCGUACCAACAGUGGCGAUAUGCUGCUUACUGGUGUACGUAGAAGGUCUUUGGCGGGGGUCUCGCGCGGGGGCCGGGGAGCUCUGCCGGCCGUUAGCGGCGCACUGCGUCGGGUACCCCGUGGUGACGCUGGGAUUUGGGGCGAAGGCCCUUAUAGCCCACCGGCUGCGACAACGUCGACAGAGGCACGUCCGUGCAAUGAAUGAGUUCUACUUCCAGCUCAUGCGGGACGCGCUUCCUGAAUCCGCGUUAGACCAGUCGCAGUCACAAACACAAGUGGCGGGCAAAGAUGGCGUCGCUAAUGGCGGCGCGGACUGCGCGCAGACGGUGGCGCAGGCGCAGCCGACGGACGCGCGGUACGCCAACGGCUCGCUGCGGCGCUGUCGGUACAAGACGGCUGACCAUAACGGUCACUGUCCGCCCGAACAUGUAUCCAAUAAGGUAGACAAAAUAGAGAAGCAAGUAUCGCAUACAAAUUCAGUACGCGAGAAGGCGUCACACGCGUCUAACGGUAGCUCGCACAGUUCGGGGAGCUCCCACAGCACACAUAGCUCGGGGGGCGGAGCCCUAAGCAACGGCUCGGCCUGCCACGCCGCGCCCGACGAUGACGACAGACAUGACCACAGUAAAGGUGGUUCAAAGUCUUCAAAGGCAGAAAAAGAAAAGAAAGAGGCUAGUACAUUAAAAGAAGAAAAAAGAAAGAAUAAAAACAGAGAUAAGGAUAAGGACAGUAUCGAUAGUCAUAAGAGUACAGAACAUACAAAAGAACAAAUAGUUAAAGAUAAAGAAGUAGAGAGUACAAAAGAUUGUGUAAAAAUUAAGGAAAGCAGUAACAAAGAGGCUAAAGAGAAAGAGAAGGAAAGAGAUAGGGAACGAGAGAGAGAGACGAGAGAGCGCGACAAGGAACGCGAGAGGGAGCGAGAACGCGAACAGCGCGAGGCCCGCGAGUGCAUGGAGGAGCUGAAGCGGGUUCGCGCGGAGCUGGCGGCCGCGCGUACAGCGGAGGCGGACGCGCGACGCGCCCUGGCCGCCGCCGUGGCCGCCGAGCGACAGCGCCGCGCUGACCACGCCCAGCUCAAGCAGGCGCACGCCGCGCUGCAACACAAAGUGAACGCGUGGCGCACGGGCGAGCGUGCGGCGCUGGAGCGUCGUCUGGCGGACGAGCGGCGCGCGCGGACCAACGCCGAGAACCAACUGCUGCGGGCCAGGCACCAGCCGCGGACGCCCAAUGGGGAGUGUGAGAGCGAGUCCUGUAGAUCUCGUCGUGCCGCUGCCGAAGCAGAAAGCGCGUUACUGCGGCGCGAACUACGCGCGGCGCGGGAACGGGCCGCAGCCCUCUCGCGGGGCGCCGUGGGCGGCGGCGUGGGAGGCGUGGGGGGCGUGGGCGGCGCGGCCGGGGCCUUCGACUCGGCCGCCGAGCGCCUGCACCACCUCGAGCACUCGCUCUCCGCAGAGACACGUGUCAAGCUCGACCUGCUCUCCGCGCUAGGGGAAGCUAAGCGCAAACUCAGCAUACAGGACGGCUUAAUAUCAAGACAAGAGAAAGAAAUAGAGGAACUAAAAGCUCAAAUGCUGGCGGUGAUGCCGACGGAGUUCGUGGCGCCGUCGAGCGCGGCGGUGUCCAAGCUCCGACUGUCGGACGGGUCACCGCUCGACCCCAACGCCUCCGUGUACACGCCCAAGCAACUAGCGCAGUGCUCCGACGCCUGAACCCGAGGAACGAACGCGGCCAAGCAAGUAUUGUCUAACUUACUUCACCAAACGACAAAUAGGUUACAUCAAGAUUGUAAAUGUUGGAAUAAAUUCUGUGUGGUGACUGUGACACGAACAAAUUAUAUUUAGUGAUGAAACAAAACGCAACGUGGCAUUCUAAGGUCUGUGACAGUUUGAUAUGGAGCCUCUAUCCAUCUUCGAAGACACGAGUAUUGCCAGAUACAAGAAUUAAUAACCGGUACACAUAGCAUUUAAAUGGACAUUUAGGAUGUAAAAUCACCGGUACAGUUUAUACCUGGCAAUUCCAUACAAAAUUCACCGAGUACCUGUAGGUUUGUAUUGAAAUAAUUUAGACAAUACUUUAGCCUAGACAGAUGAAAAUCUAGAAAUAUAUAAGACCUUGCGCGUUCUUCCUAAACCGAGCUUCGACCCUUACCCAAGCUGUGCUGGUCUUUGUAUGGGCGUUUUCUGAUCUCAAUUUGUUUUUUUUUGUUUUCUAAUUGAUAAUGCAAGCUGACAAGAUGUUUUCGUUUAUUUAUUGUGUUAGUUAAAAUUUAAAAGUGAUUUUUUUGUAAGUCGAAAGCUGGCGAAAGACUUGAUUGACACUUUUGUUAAGAUUGAUUUUGAAAAUUUUCUAUUCUUGUCUAAUACAUUUCUUUUUGGCAUUUAACUGAUCAGUCUUAGCUUGAGUCAAGUCCGAUCGUCCGCAAAUGUCCAUACAAAUAUCGGUAGUCUAAGAAAUUAAACUGGAUAUACUUAAAAUAUUAAAAAAAUAACAAGUGUGUUAGUUUUGUAACAGUGUACGUACAUAUUUCAAGACAGAGCGUUUAUUUUUUCAUAAUAUUAAAAAUAAUUGAAUUUCACAUGUUUGUGGUGACUUUACCCUUUGGUCUUUAUCUAUGUGAAAUUGCCCCGGAGUGUGGAACUCUCGUGAUCUGUCACUCGACACUGAGAUGAUGGCGUUCGCUUUACUGUGCGCACAAUUACGGUCAUAUUUGGACACAGUUACAGGAUAUAACUGUCCAAACCAGCGAAUUACAAAUAAACCGACUAAAUUGAGUUUCGUUGAAAAAUGUAUCUUAUAGUCUCUUUAAUUUAAAAUACAUUUUUCAACAAACAAUACGAAUCUGCAUUUCUUCAAAAUGUGACCGUGCAAUGAUCUCUCCAAGCAUAAUCUGUGUGAUCACCAGACCCCGCGUGACUCGCUGCUGCAGUUAAACAAAUGCGUGUUCUUUUUGAAUUUUAUGUGAUAAAUUGUACAAAUUAAGAUCUGAGAUCGAGUCUUCUUCCUUGUAUAUUAAAUUUGUAGUUUUAUUCGACGUUUUUAGUCCAAAUUUGUCUGUAUUUACGUGCGGCGCCGCCUGGCGGUACGUUUGAGAACUAUCGGCGUGGCGCCCACAUUUUCCUGUUGAACUUGCGAUUUGAGUAUUGUUUGACGUGUGACAGCAUUUUGACAGAUGAUGGAACCAUGACAGUUGUGAUUUUGAGAUGUUCCGGUUUGAUAAAACUGCUUCUGUGUUAUUAAAAAUUCUACGGAUGCCUGUGGGUUUUUUCUCUCAAAAAAUUGUACUUAAUCAUUUAGGAAAAAUUCUAAAUCUGCUUUAAAAAUAUUUGACUAAACCACGGCCAGUAUUAUAGAGGAAACCCAUUUCGUUCUUUACAAUAAGUUUAAACAUACGUAAUCGCCUAAAAAAGUACCCCAAACAUAUUAUAUUAGCACAAUAUUUUAUUGAUUUAAAAUUCUUGUGGAUUCAUUUUGCAACUCAAAUCUUGCCUUGGCAUUUAUGUUUAUUACAUUGAAAAACAGAUAAAAAAGUAAUUGACGCUGCAAAAUUUGCAAAGUAUCCGUAUUGUUUUGUCUAAAUACUUUAAAGUGAUUAAUUACUUUUGCCUGAUUUGAACUUACUAGAAACCUCGCUUUAUAUUUGAUUUCAUGUAAAGUAUCCAUGGCAUUUGUCGUGCUAACGACUUUUUGAAUAGUAAGUUUGUUGUUGGGUAUAUUUUCAGCAAUGACAAAAACUGAUUGUUUUUGUUGCUAUUUUAUUUUCUUGGUCAGAAUGGCGAACACCCAAGCCCACUGUCUACUGAGAUUCAGAACAAAAGAUUUGCAACUGAUAUCCACAGAUUUUUAUACAAUCUCUUACAAAUGUACUAAAUAGUUUCUAUGUAAGAAAAACCGUUAUUUUCAAAAAUAUUUCACAGCGCGUCGUUUAAAAAAAGGAAUAUGUCCCGCCUCUAAAGGUGCUGGCACCAAAUACUGUUAUAUUUUUGAAUUUGGAAGGGACAUUGAUUUUUUUUAAAGGUCGCGUUUAGAAUCUUCAGAAAAGGAUUUCUAUGUAAGCAAUAGUUUUUAAUAAUUUUGUAUAAACGUUAAGAAUAAUAUCUCAUUGUAUAAGUACAGCUGUGUGUGUUUAAAUAAUUGUGUUUUUGGUUUAUUAUUAUUAUUAGGUACCCACUAACUAUGAGGACAAAUUCGACUGACUUACAUUUUAUUAACAUAAGUCGUAAAAGAGAUUUUUGUAUAAAUACAAAGAUUGAAUUUAUAUUUUUUCUGAAAAAAGUAAUAGUAUUAUUAUCGACGUUGUUUUGUAUAUUGCUAAAUGGAUAACAAUAUACAAUGAGGUAUUAAUUCUCAAUUAAACUAUCCAUCCGUACCAUAAUGCCAAUAGACUUGUAAAAUUACGUUCUUCCUACCGUAACCUGCUUCCAAAAUUGACUCUGUUGCAUUUAUACAAUAGUACAAUUAAUUUUAUAAUUAUGAAUAAAAUAAAAGCAUCAAUUAAUCUAAUAAGCGACGGAAUUGUAUGACAUAGAAUAUAAAAGAUGGUUUCUUGUAGUGUAAUUUUAUUGGUUGUAAUUGUAAAGUGCGUUUAUUUGUCGCACGUUUUUCGAUGUUUGGUACGUUCAAAUUGAAGUGUUUUUGUGUGCCAAUUGAUUCUGUCUUUACAUAGCUCGGCCUUGUAUACUUGUUUGUUAGAUUAAAUAAUGAUCCCAGUACUUCACAGCGUGAAUAUUUUGUUGAUCAACAUUUGCACUUUUUGUUGUAUUCGUGUCACGUUUGUUGAUGUUGGUUUUCUGGGAUCAAUUGGAGAUUUUACGUGUGUACUUUAAGCUCUUGCGGAUUAUUUUUUACUCUAAUUAAGUUUGUGCUAGGCGAUUUUUUGUAUCGAUUAAUUAUUUAUGUUGAGUAGAAUAAGUUUAAACAUAUCUUCGAGAUUCAUUUAAGACAUAAGACCUUCAGACAUCAUGAAACUAUUUUAUCAAGAAGAAAAUAUAUGUUUUAAAAGACAUCUGCAAUAAGUAUACAAGGUUCUAUGGAGCUUUCACACUAACAAGAGAUAUGCGAAGUAACGCACAUUGGAAACAAGAAGUAUAAAAUGAACAUUUCCGUAUUAUUUUUGAGAUUGUACCGUUCACUCUAGUCUUAUAAGAGGUCGAUAUUACACUGCCGCGGAUAUCAUUGUCGCUAGUCAGACAGGAAAAUAACGCAUACAUUUUUAUAUGUAUCAGUCAGUGUUCUAAAGAUGAGAUCGUCAUUGCAUUUUUAAAUGUUUCUAUUUGUGACAUCACAUGAAGUUUUUGCUUAUAUUAAAAUAGUUGAGUGAGAUUAACGUUCCGAACAGUCGCGGACUAGUGUGUGUCGACCUUUACAGUUAUUUGUAAACCUAAGUUUUAGGCGUUUAGUUUUUUUUUAUUAUAAUUAUUUAUAACUGACUGCGCACUGCCCAUGAAGUUUAACUUCCUUCUUUAAUUUGGAACUACGUAAAAUUAUUGUGAAAGUACUUAAUUUAGAUGUUUAGAGUUGAUGUGAUUAUUAUUUUCGAAUAUGAAAUCUGUAUGCAGCAGAUACCGAUGUAUAUUUUUUCAUGAAACCGGACGAGAACUACGAGAACGUUAUCAUGCGUAGAAACUAACGUACAAUGGAACGAUUGAAUUUUCACUAGUGAAAUGUAAGUGAUAAUGUUUGUUUGUAUUAUAAACAGAUGCUGUAACAGCAAUAAAAAAU